GUUCACAUCAGAGUUCGUCGUCUUUGCGAAGCGGCUACAAAAAUAUAGGCAAACAGCCUAAAUCCUUCAACAUGGACGUCGGCGCUUUAAAUGCUCUGGGCUAUGAAGAUUUUUUGAACAUUUUUGGUAACAUAGUAGAGAAAUGUCCUCUAAUAACUGCUGCUGUCUGGUCAAAGCGCCCUUUUGCCAACAUGCCUGCUUUAGAAACUGCUUUUUACGAGUUUAUAGAUGCGCUUCCAGACUCGGGCAAAGAGGGGAUCCUACGUUGCCACCCAGACCUUGCAGGAAGGGACCUUCAGAGUGGAACGUUGACCCCCGAGUCUCGCGAGGAGCAGGCACGAGCCGGACUCGAUGCUUUGAGUUCAGAUGAAGUAUCGCUUAUGGCUCAACUCAACCAAGACUACAAAAGGCGCUUUGAGUUUCCAUUUGUCAUCUGCGCCAAAAUGAAUGACAAGGCCACAAUUUUACGGCAGCUCCUGGAGCGCGUUGGCAAAGAUCGCUCGGAGGAGAGAGCGCGCGGGAUAGAGGAGGUAAAGAAGAUCUGCCACCUGCGUCUCCAGGCCCUCAUGCUCCAUAAACUCUGAAAUAUAUAGCUGUAGGCUGUCAUUGUAAUUAUGUUGUAAUUAGCCUAUUCACGUCGAAGAUUGUGUUAAUUUAAUAUGUCGUUGUGCAACACGAGACAAAAUGUAUAAAGCCUGAUCCAUGAUUAAGUCAGGCAACAAGGAACCUGUUGAGUGGCUAUUGGUUUGAUGAACACCCGGCUUAAUGUCAUUUAAUGUGUUUGUGUAUUAAAAAGCGCAUAGCGUAUUCAAAUGUAGGGCGAG